AUCUAUCCGUCUUGGAUACUAGUUUCACCGUUGAAAAACGUCAACAUAGUAACCCGGGAAAGGCGACGUCGGAAAGACAGACGGAAACAAUUUUUUAAACAACCCCUACAGUUGUUUUGGGAACGAUACCUUUCUUAUAAAACAAGUUGGGAAAAAAAUGGAAGUACGUCUGUUGAAAAAGUUGGCAGUUUAGUUGCUGUAGCUUUUGGCUAGUUGAUUAGCUAACGUUAGCUAGCGACGCUGACGGUAGCAAACAGAUCGCCAAAGGAAACCAAAAGAGAAGUUUGAGAUUUUAUGACUUUCAUAUGACAAGCUCCUCAGCCUAAAUGUGGACAACCAGAGAAAUUGGACCGUUCUCCUAAAGGUGAGUGGGAGAGAUGAGAAGCAGCAGAACCACUGAAGUACCCCUCAAAACAUCUGCUCAACCCUUUCCAAAUCACAAUAUUGGUACAGAGCUUACAAAUGCAUGGAAAAGUUUAGCUCAGUCCAAAGCUGCUCUUCGGCACAUAGAAAACCGGUUGGAAGCCACUCCUGGAACUGGUGUUCUACUCGAUACCUUCUCCCCCAAGAAGAAAACAUCAGGAACAUCUCACACCAGGGAUGGAAGGCAAGCUGAUGUUUCAAGAAGGAAUACAAAGCCAAGAGGUGAAAAUCAUCAGAACCCAGCUAAAAGUAACUCACGCAGCCCUUUGAGGAAUGCCACACAAGACAGCAAUGUACGAAAAAGCAGCAGUGUGGAGUUCAAAGAGCCUCUGGCCUCAUACAGAGAGGCCACACCUCCUUCACAUCCCUUUUCUCAGUCGGAGGCCUACAAUCUGCAGCCAGCGCCAGAGUAUUCAUUCACAUCCUCUCCGCCUUACACGGAUCCCCUGCCCAGCCAGCUGAUCUACCAGAAAGUAACCAGGGACAAACAGACUGACAGGGACUUAGAGAGCACACACUCCUCUGCAGUGGAGAGUGCUGAGGUGCGAUACAUCAACGAUCAGCCGGUCUUGGAUAGCCUGAAGACAGAGCAGAGCUCUCACAAAGCACAACUUGUGAUGGAUAAUCACGAAUCAAACCCAUGCUUGGUUCGGACCCCUGGCUCUUCUCGCCAAGGGGAAAGCUCUCCUUCCACAAGCCCUGGUUCAGUGUCCCAGCGGUUGGAAAACCUGAGGCGACAUCAGCCGGAUGACAAACUUGAGAAAUUAAAAGAGCGCAUUCGAAGACAGAGACAACAUUUGGAGGAGACGGCACAAGGAGAGGCGCUUAAGGGUCAUCUUAAGAAGCCAGUUGUUGCAUUUGCUGAGGGUGACAGUGUUGGCUCAAGCAGCAUGCCAGCAGCCAAGAUACGCAAAGUAACAUCAGCACCACCAGCGCCUAUUUACAAAGGUUUUAACAGCACAGAGACAAAGAUCCAGACUCCUGAUGGGAAAGUCUGGAAAGAGGAGGAGUUCCAAAGCCUCAGCAAAGAAAUCUACGGAGACAUAUCACAGCAAUUUUCCGAGGGCAUACAAUCCAGGCAUCAACAACACAGGGAACAGAGAGCAGAAAGAUCCAAGGAGAGGCCAUCGAAACCAGUCCGGAAGGUCCACAAAGUUCCCCCUGUAUCUGAGCAGAAUUCCAAACCAGUGAUAAGUCCUGCAUCAUGGCGUGAGGGACAAAAGCUAGUAAAGAUGGUACUGGGUCCCCCUCCAAAACUACCCAGAGAAGAACCAACUUCCCAUCCAGCUGGAAAACAGACCCAAGCAGCUUCCAGACACCCUCAUCAAGAUGGCACAGAGAGGCCUCGCAGUGGUUUCCAGGAGAAACCGUCCAGCCGCCCUACAACCUCAUACAAUCACUCGUCUUCAGCCAAGGACAGGAUGCCACAGGGAGUGAAUACAGAUGUUUUGGCAGUAGAUAUACAGGGGAUUCUUGAUGACCUUCAGCUGGAUUGCAAACCAGCUGAAAUGGAAGAGCGAGCCCGUAAAAGAUCUCGAGGUGGCAGUGGUAGUAGAAGAGGCCGGGGAGGGUCAGGUUCACGGACAAGGGCUCCUGUCUCUGCUUGGGGAACUACAGUUCCAACUUCCAGCUCCAGAGGUUGCCGUAGUGCCAGUCCCACUAAACGGCAACAUGAUGAUGCUAACAAAGCAAGCAAAGGUCAAAAGAAGAGGCACUAUGAUGCAGACACAGUCCGCCAGUAUAUUGCACAACAACAAGAGGAGAGAAAAAGGCGACAGGUAGAAGAGAAGAGGGCAGCAAAGGAGGAGGCUGAGAGAAGAAAUCAGAGACUUGCAGAGCUAUACAAGAAGCAAAGAGAAGUAGCAAAAACUGUGACCCUUUCCACUGAGGCAGCUGUGGCCCCCGUUCAAAAACGCCUGCAGGAGACCUACACCAAACUACUGCUGGAGGAUGCCCGGCUCGGCGAGGAACAACCUGCGCACCUUUCUGCACCUAUUAUUCAGAUGAGACCCCUAUACCAGCCUUCAGGAGAGUCUGACAAGGAAAACAAAAGACUAGAGGUGUCACAGAGCCCCUCAAGCAGUGACAAGUCUUUAAAUGAGCUGCCACCUCCACCAUUAUCCAGGAACGAUCUCGAAGAUUCCUUUUCACUUCAGCCUGACCAUCUGAAUCCAGUUUAUCAACCCACAAAUGUUGCCACCAGCAGUGUACAAGUUUCUUCCAAUGAACAUCUUCUCUCUCAGAUUUUAAGGCUGGAUGCAGCAAUGGCUGCUAGUAGCAAGUACAGUGAACGGCCAGCUGUUGCACCUCAGUCCCACACCAGGAUGUCUCGGAUUGAAGCCCUAAAGGCGAAAGCUACAUCCUUAUCAAACCGCAUCGAAACAGAGGCCCGAAGGUUUGCAGGACAAGAGAUCAACUAUGGCGCCCCAACUUCAAUGGAUGUUGAUACUGUUUUACCUCCCAGAAAUUCUAAUGUUGAUUUUGAGUACUGGACAGAAAUCCCUGCUUAUGCUACAGAGAAUAGCGACAAGUCCUUUAGGGUACACAAAGCUGCCACAAGUGCAGGUUAUACAACAUACACAGACACAGCUCUUCCAGGAGCAGAGAACCUGCAUGACUUGGUGGAAAAGACGUACACCAGUCUAACAAAUCCACAUACGGUUUCUCCAGGUGUAAAUGGGACAUCUUUAAACAGUUACUCUCAAGAAAGGAGGAGGAGGAGGAUUGUAGUUGACUUAGGCUUGAAAGAGAAAGAAAAUCCAGAAGAUAGAAUAAAAAAUAAGAGAGAGGAGAAUGCUGUGUUUCCAUAUCAGUCUGAUCUCCAUGAUUUAAGUUCUGGUUCCAUUAGUGAGGGACCUCUACUGAGCGAGGGAAGUUUUUCUGAGGGAGACUCAAGUCCACCCCAGUACUAUAGUAACCGUGGGCGUAAUGUAGAUUACUUGGAGGCAGCGGACAACAGAGCAGGUAAAAGCAGUAAUCACAACCGGCUGUUGGAGUUCCAGAGGGAUGCGGCAAAGUGUGCAGCCCUCAGCCCACCGUUUUCACAGCUAAAUGGUAGCAAAGCACCAUGGGAAGAGUUGAACAAAGGAAGCCCUCUGAGUGUAAUUAAUAUUUUCACCAAAAAUGUCCAAGGCCAUGUUAAAGUGAAUGAAAGAGAUUCAGAGAAAUCUCCACACGGAGACGACCAAGGAGAUGCAGAAGUCUAUUUGGAUGACUUUGUUUCAUCACAUAGCAGCAAAGCAAGCAGCCAGUUAAAAAGGGGAUCCAACUCUACAAGUCACUCCCAGAGUAUGUCCCCUGGUUCAACACCUGGAUCCUCACCACUUUCCAGGCACUCCACAAGUAAAAGAGCCACCAUUUCAGACCAGAGUGAUGCAACUCUUGUAGAAGAACUGAAGGGUUCACCGCUUUCAGAAGCAAAUUCCUCUGACCACAGAAGGAAAGCCUCAGACAAAAGUUUGAACCAAGCCCAGGACAAAAGUUUAGAUUCUGACACAUUAGGAGGACGUUCAGCCCAUUCCCCCAGAAGACGCAAACUGGUUUCAUCAUCCUGCUCUCCAGACCUCAGUUCUCUAACUGCAGACUCUCCCAGUGAGCAUGUAAGAAGGAGCUCUAAUAAUCUGAAAGCAUCCAGCAGAGCAGAACUGAGGUCCACAGGUGAGUUGCAGUAUUCACCGGCUGUCUUGAGACAGCGCAUGGCGGCAGAAAUGCACUACUUGGAGUCCAUCGAAGAGUCAAUUAAACAGCUGGGAGAUGCAGAGAGGCUUAUGGGUGUGUCUAUGGCCCAACAGGAGAGUGCAUCACUGGCUCAAAUGCUUAAGGCUAAGCAGCAUCGCCAUGAGCAGGAACUCUAUGAGCUAAAAAUCAAGACGGAAAGAGAAGCCCUUGAGGCAAAACUCCAGCUUGAGGAGAACAGACAAAGGGUUGCCAGGGCUCAUUUAGAGCUGCAAGAAAACUUGGCAGCUUCACAAAAACAGACUUUGGAAGGUCUCCAAGAGUCAGCUUCUAAGAUGGUUAGCCAACAGGCUGAAGCAGCGCGGUACACAGCAGACGCUGCCCGACACAUUAAGGAGAUGGCAGAACUUGCACAGUCCCAGAUUACAGGACAUUUGAUUAUUCCAGCCAUUGCCACUGAGUCGGCUGUAUUGGACCAUCAAGAAGAACAAAAUAGUUCCCACACCAAGUCACAUGAAAGUAGGGGUGACUCUUACAGUUAUAAAAGUGAAGUUUCAAAACGAAGGGUCAGGUCUGGUGAGCCCUCAUCUUCUCAAAACAGCCUCAGUCAGCCUGACUCGCUAUCUUUUAGAAGAUCAAAUGUCAGUGCAUCUCCAUGUGGAAGUAACCAAACCAGCCCAUCACGUGCUUCAUCUGACCACAGAGAAAAAGUGAAAAGAGAGCCUGUGGAGAGAAAACGGAGGAACGAGAGAGCUGAGGAGAGGGUAAAAGAGGAAGCAGCCUGCAGCUCUAUUGAGGAGGAUAUUCCAGCAGCAGCAAAUGACUCAGUCUACAGCGAAAGGAUUCUCUCUCUAGAGGAUGAGAAAGGAGAAACUACAUCUGUGGCCACUGAGUAUUCUCUGAAGUUCGAUCAGUCCAUGACGGAAGAUGACAUAGAGGAAUGCUCUUUCCGUUCUUUGCUGCCAUCUGAAGCUCAUCGUAGAGGAACCAUGCAGAAAAAGUUGCACCAUCAGAGGGAAGCAGAAGAUUUUGGAGCCAGUCUCGAUGAAACAUUGGUCCCAGAUAUGGGAUCAUGUGGUUCCUUUAAGUCUAAGGAUGCACACAUAGCGUUCUCUAGUGGGCAGGACAGUUUUUCUAAGUUCACAAUGGAAAUGGUACGACAAUACAUGAAGGAUGAGGAGGUAAGACUACAACAUCAGAGUUCUCUGUUGCAUCUACGCCAGAAAGCUCUCAAAGAAAAGACAAGGACAGAGCUAGCCUGGCUUGAGCACCAGAAGAAGAAGCUGAGAGACAAGGGUGAGGAUGAUAAAAUGCCACCAAUCAGGAAGAAGCAGAGGGGACUUCUGCUUAAGCUCCAGCAGGAGCAGGCAGAGAUCAAGAGACUCCAGGAAGCCAACAAAGCAGCUAGAAAAGAAAGGCAGUUGUUACUGAAACAGCAGGAAGAGAUUGAACGGAUGAGAAACUCAACACUCAGACUGAAAGAGCGUCUCAAAUGUGCAGAGGGAGAGGCUCCCCCUGAAAUUCCAAUGUCAGAACCUUCAGGCACUGAACUGUCCUCCCCGAGGCUUCCCGAUGAAAUGCGCAGUCCCUCACCUUCGCUAUCCAUCUCUGGAAGUGAGACCAGCAGCAUCAUGCAGAAGCUUAAGAAAAUGCAGUCUCACAUGGAUGAAAAACACUGUUCCCCUGUCCACUGCUUCUUCUCUGUGUUCACGGCCCACCACUGGGCCUCUCUCAGUGUCUGUCUUCCCAACCUCCACCCUAAAUUCCAGCUCUUUAUCUACAACCAGUUGGUCAGGUUCCUGACGAGGCGAGAACAGCAACUGAUGCAAAGGCGCCACCAUGCCGAGGAGCUGCUCCAGUGGAAACAGCAACUGGAUCAGGAGGAGGCUGAAGUCCGAAGGAUGGAGAGAGAGGCCUUGGCUGCCUGGGACCUGAGAAGACCUCUGGACAAGGACCGUAAAACGUCUGAGAGCGAUGGAAAUGAUAUCUCUGAAACUGGAUCGCAGGCUUCUCACCGACAAAGCUUAGAACUUAGAUAUGACAGUGAAAAGGAGCUUGUGAGUGAAGACAACUGCUCCUCAAUUGUAACGGAGUCCAGUAUACACACAGAGGGACCGGUUUCUCUGCACCAAGAGAGUCCAACCUCAGUGCAACUGGCUUCAGUGGGUGAAACACCACAAGCCCCGGUUUAUAGCAGCCCCGCUACUUACACUCAAGACUUUUCUGCUGAGUCUCAAUUACCGGCUCUAAAGUCCUCUUCAAUCAAAGACAGCCAAAGCCCUGCUGCCUCUCCAUCAGAUUGUGGCAGUAAGAGCAAGAUGCAACUUCGCUCCACCUCCCAGGUUCCUGAUCACCUGACAGCUGUGCUGUCUGAAAACAUUUCAGACCAGAGUGACAUUGAGAGUCGUAUCAAGGCACUAAGGGAAGAGCUGAGAAAACGUAAGAUCAUGGCCUACCAGCUGAAAAAAGAGCAGAAAAAGCGACACAAGGAGCGGCUGAAGGCUCAGGAGGCACAACUAUUGAAGAAACUUGAGAACUACAACGAUUUCAUUGAGAAAACCAAAGCAGAGCUUAAUAAGGAGCCAGACUCAACACCUGAUACUACGUCAAAUAUAAAUGAUUCCAGCUACGUUUUGGAGCAGUCAUCUAUCAAACCUUCUCUGCACAGAUCUGACAUCAAAAGCUCUGACUCUGCAGGCACAGUUAUUGAUGCUUCACAAAAUCAUAAUACCUUUCCACAGUCUUAUCAUAGCCAAUCAGCUUCCAAAGCAUUGCCUGAAGAUUUACCCAACAAGGUCCCCAAAACUCCCACUGUGACUGAAUACAGCAGACCGUCUGGCGGUCAUUCAUCAGGGUCUCUUUUAAGAUCUCUAUCCAAGCCAGAGUCUGAGGAUGAGAAGGUUUUGUCUGACAACAAAUCUGAUAUUGAAGAACAGUUAGAUGUGGAAGUACACUCCAGGUCUGAGGAUGAACAGUCUAACCUUCUCAAACCUGACUCCCAGGAGAAAAUAACUGCAUCUAAACAAGACCCCCCUAUCAUAGGCGGGGAACGUGAAAGGUCUGAUGGCUUGGAUCAGGAAGAACAGAGGACUGACAGAGAAAUAUCUGAAGCGGAGGAUGCUGUGAAGUCAAAUACCUUUAUACCUGGUGCUCAGUAUUCUGCUGCCGGUAAUCUGGAAGCUUCAUCACACGUAAGCUGCAGCUCUUCAGCCAAAGACCCCCCUCUCACACCUGACUCAGCAGGCUCUUUAAAAAAACAGCCACUCUGUAAAGAUGUUGACGUGUCUCUUGGCACCGAUGGUUACCAGGAGGACUUUGAAUCUGCUCAUUUUUCACCUUCAGAGGAUCAUAUUUCUAAGCACGAGUCUCAAGUCUCUUUGUCCCAAAUGGAAGUUAAGCAUUCAAGUAAAGAGUCAUCCAGGGCAACCCCCACUUUUGACACCCAAGAUGAAGUAGAAGAAGAAAUACCCGAAGAGAUAAGUCGGCCUGCUAGUGCUGGUGAGCAAGACCUUCAUUCAGAAAAACUUGUGGAUUUCCAGCAUAAUGGAGAAGAUUUAAAAUGUGAGAAUAAGACCGAGUUUUCCAGCCAAGGGGUCGCUUCUCCUUUGGUUCUAGAUGAAAUGCCAGGUUUUCAGCUUGGAGACCGGGUCCUAGUUGGAGGCGUUCAACCAGGCACCCUGAGAUUUAAAGGUCCAACCAGCUUCGCCAAUGGCUUCUGGGCAGGUGUGGAGUUGGACAAAUCUGAAGGAAGUAACAACGGUACUUAUGAUGGGGUUGUUUACUUUGAAUGUGAGGAGUCCCAUGGUAUCUUUGCUCCUCCAGACAAAGUCUCACACCUCCCAGACAAGUUUGAGCUCUAUGCAGAUACUACAGAAGAUGAGGACUCUUUCUUUGAUGACUUAUCUGAUAAAGGUGGGGAACAGCAGAAAAAGGUUAAAGGCAGUCCUCAAAAACCAAAAGAUCCAGAAAUCAAAAACGAUCAAACAUUUAACAAGGACAACAAGUCUAGAGAUGUAAAAGAUUUGGAUGAGAAGGACCAGAUCCCGCUUGAUUCCAAACUGAUCCUCAAUUCACAGCAUCAGAAAAAACCUGAGCAUCAGAUUUGUCAUGUGAACCUUAAGGAUGUGAUUUUAGACUUAAAUGAAGCAUCACAUGCAUCCCUUAUUCCAGAUCAAGAAAGAACUGAGGAGAAUGAGAAGAAAGCAGCCAUUGCUGAGAGAAAUAAUACUGACAUUAAGCAGGAUUUGAUUCCCACAGAUCGGCCAGCAGACAUCAAGAAUGAUAAGAGAGAAGAGAAGGACGGGGAUCGGCUGGACACAUUUACUGAUAAGCUUCUCAACAACUUGAUCAAAGAUUGUUUUAAGCAGUGCUCUGAAAUAAAAAGGGCCAAAGAAGAAAAGAUAAAAAAGGCCAACCAGUUAAAUGGAUGUUUGUUUGUUGGAAAUGAUGAAGAAAAGUGGAUCUCUUCAGUGGGGCAAAAAGAUAAUCUACCGUUCUUUCUACCUGCUGAAAAGGGGGAGUUGUCUUCUCCUGAACUCUGCAACAGAUCAGAGAGUCCAGUCUUUGGACCUAGUGGCCAAGAGGAGCUCGCUAAGCGUUUAGCUGAACUGGAGCUGAGCCGAGAAUUGCUGGAUGAUAUUGGGGAUGAUCAGGACUGGUUCGAUGAGGACUUUGGUCUCAGCUCCCGCAGACAGCAGCAGAGACUCAAACAGAAAGAAGAGCUCGGAGGUGAACUUGGCAGGUCAUUGGGCCCACACAUGGGGGCCAUGGUUUCAUCAUUAGGUGGGGACUCGCAGGUAAAAACUCCACCAAGACCAGAGCUACCCCUCCCCUUGCCUCCCAAACUACCUGAACAGCCCGCCAUGAUUGUGCCCCACUCGGCCACAGAGGUGGAGAAAAUGGUCCAUUCUGCCACACAGGAGAUCUGGGAGGCUUUUGGCCUGGGGAAGGAGGGGGCGCUCAUACUUGAACAACUUUCAAAGCCUACACCAUCCCUGGAGUAUUUAGGGAAAGAGUCCAGCAGCCAGGACCAAGAUGCCCUCUCCAUCAUCAGUUACAAAAAGGCCGUGUUUGACCUUACAUGGGAGUUACUUAAGGAAAUAUUUGCUGAAGAUCCGAAUACUGAUCAACCUCAGUGGGUCAAACCACGUCAAGUAAAGUCCUCCUUCAUUCACAGAGUCAAGACCGCUGGAGACAUCAACAAAAUUCAGGAAUUUGUCACAGAAGAAGUACUUAAGCUGUAUGGUCUGAAGCAAGAUCAGAGUCAAAAGACUGACUGGCAGAAGAUGCUCAAAUUUGGCAGGAAGAAGAGGGACAGGGUUGAUCACAUUCUGGCCCAGGAACUCCAUGAGGAGGAGGCCCAGUGGGUUAACUACGACGAGGACGAACUGUGUGUCAAGCUCCAGCUCGCAGACAGCAUCUUCCAGACUUUGCUGAAGGACACUGCUAACACAUUCACACUUAUUUCUGACAAGAGAGCCAAAAGAGGAGCUCUCUCUUGACCGCCUGGAUUUUGAAUUAUGGUCUGUUGCUCUUAGUCCUUUCUUGCAACUGAGAAAUAUAAACCACGUAACAACUCUUAAGACUUCACCCGAGCAUUUCACAAUAGAAAACCCCCCAAAGGCCUUCAGUUCAGUGUUUUUCUUACAGACAGACUCACUCCAGCUGUAGCUUUGAUUUACUUAUUUUCUUUUUGCUUCUAAGCAGUCAGGCCUUCCCAAAAAAUAGCAUCUUCUGACCUCCUAGCAAGAACUGGUUAUUUUAAGAAGACUAAAUGAGGUAGACAUGAGAAUAUCCAUGAAUGCUGCUAAACUGUUUGUUCCAUUGUGGGCUAAAUGUACUUUCCACAUGGAAGAUCAGUACAUUGAUUGGAUAUAUGUGGAUUUUUAAAAAAAAGGUUAGUAAUAGGUUUAAGCACUGCAACAGGAAAUAGGUUUAGUGCCGUAUGUUUACUAAGAACAAGCUUUGGCUUGUCAUGUCCAGCUGAAGUAAUUAGCCUGAAGAUUGUGAGUUUUUUUUAUAAGCAACAUUUAUAUUGUAGACAUAAUUAUGGCAUGCCUUAACUUUGGCAAAAACAAACUUAUGUCAUCCCUAAAAAUACUAAACACUGGCUGUAAAAUGGUUUUAGUGUUAAGUUGAACCAGCGCAGCCCUCGCAACACAACAUGGAUGUAAAAACCCUUGUUUGUUUCUGAUCAGCCUGCAUUUUAUCGGCACAUUUAAAAAAAAAACAAUCUUCAUCUGUUUAAUAUUUUGCCCCCUUAUUUAUUUUAUGGAAAAGCUUGAUUGGGGAUAAAAAUAAAAUCAAAUCUAAGAUGUAAAUGAUUUUUUUUCAACCUGUAGAAAUGACAUUUUUAACAUGUAAAGAAAAUCUAAAGUUAUUAUUAAAGCACAAUUUUAAAUGUGAAUAUAGCAAUAUAUUAGAUAAAAGGAACCAAGAGAAGAGCAUAGAGAAACUGUUCUAGUCCUUGAAGCUGUAAUGUUAAUAAUUAACUAAAACUAUCUAACUGCUGUCCCUUUAAUGCAAUCACUGCAUCCCACCUUCCUACUGGAUGUAAAUAUUUGGUGUGGAUUUCGACCUGGAAUGAAAAUACCUCCAGAGAUUUGUGCUUGGUUAUAGUAGGUUUUGUGCAAGCUGAUUAAAUUGAUAUGCAAGUGGGACACAAAACAGGCAGCAAUUAUGGAAGAAUACUGAAAUGCUGGAUUUUUUAACCUUCCUGCCUACACUUAAUUCAUUUUCCCUAAACACAAAAAAAAGCGCUAUUCCAUUUUUAUAAGUCUUUACCGGCAAAAAACUUGUCUUUGUAGCAUCAUGUGCUUUCCUGCAAAAUGAUCUUUAAACAAGCCUUAUAAAGCACCCGGUGGGAUUACUCAGAAAAAAAAAAGAAAAAAAAAAUCUCCUUUUUCCAUUAAAGUGCCUCCUGAUUCUGUUGAUGUUUCAGCAUCCUUUGGACCUGUUGUUUUUUUUAAAUGUCUGUUUUAUCAUCUGUAUUCUACCAUACUUUUUGCAAAUGGACCUCAGAAUGGCUGCUUUUCCUGUUUUCUUGUCCUCAAUGUUCUGCCUUAUCACUCUCUUAUGUCAAGAUUUAGUGAAGAACAUUUUCACAUCCCUCCUCAUGCACCUCAGCAUGAGGCGAACAUCUAAGGAAAUCUAAAGUAACCUUCACUGUGGAUGAAAGCAGUGGACAGUCCAACCAUGAGUGACUCCAGCCAACAUGAUUCACACUGUGAGUCUUUGCCCUGAUGCCUCUUAGCACAUAGGACUACAUCCAAGGGCUCAUUGGUUUUCUGCUGCUUUGGUCAAACAAAACUAUGUACCAACUUUUUGUGACGUGUUUAAGAGGUCUUUAAAACCCUUAUUGACUCUAUAGCGAAAGUGACCUUAAAUUAAGGAGGCGGAGGUGGUUCAACUGGUGUAUGAUGAGGAAAAAGACCACAACUCUUUGAAACCGGUAAUCUCUAUGCUGUAGAACUUUGUAUGUUAAUGAUUAAAUGAGUAGUUUUUGCAAGAUGUUAUGGAAAACCCUGGAAUUGUCCCUUGAAAUUGAUUGUAUAUGGGAUGAAGUUAAGUUCCCGUCUGAAUCUAUGCAGUAUCUGGUCAUCUUCCAUUAUUUUUAAUGUAGAGACUAAGAAGCUUUUAAGCCCCUGAUAGCAUCAGGCUGUCCACUGACCUUUGGUCGGUUUUCUUCACAGAAAUGUAGCGUAGCGUUGACCUUAGAAAGUAUUUGGAUUACUGUAAACAAACAAAAAAAGUUGAAAUUGAUGCAACAUAUUUAUCUCAGUAGCUUAGCAUAGAGCUCCUUGCCAUAUGUUUAGAAAUGGUUGUGAAUAUUUAUAAUGUCCUGCGAGACUGAUGGGUGUAAAUAUUCUGUUGAUCCAGUUUGACCCACUGUUACUGUAACCUAAACAGUUGUUGUAAAAUAAAUACUGUUGAUUUUUGAAAAUAUGUACAUAGUAUAGAUUUGUUAACUAAAUAAAAUUUGAAACUGUAAAUAAAGCAUUCACUGUUUGUACUUGAACAAGUUUUCCCUUCAGUUUUUUUUAUUUUUUUACUGGGUGGAAUGUGUGCAAAGGUAAUUACUUCAAGUUGUUUGGGGGCAGACAGCCGAGCGCAGGACUUUCAUUAUGUUUACUUUGGUAACUGAACUCGGAUGUUGUGGUUUGUCUGCUGUUUUUUUGUGAAACCCAGGAUAACAUGUUAUCAUGGUGGUGAUGAAGUUUUGGAUUGUACCAAGUCAUUUUUUUAAGGCAUGACUCUGGUGGAGCUCUCCACUGUGAAAUUGAAAUGACAGAUUAGUUCGUAAAAGAUGAUAAAUGUAAGAGGAUUUCUUUUUACAGUUCCUUUCUUACUGUAAAAACAAGACUUCAAAAUAAAAGUUUCAUUUAAAUUACAGUUGUGUAGGGAAAAACGAAUAAAAGAUGGAUACUUUAAGGUAAUUUGUGUUAACACCAAAACCUGAGGAAAUAUCCACUGCAGAAUUGCAUAAAUAAACUAUUUUAAAUUAAGUUCUGCAACUGAACUUAUUGUGGUCAACUGCAAUUUCAACAGUACAUUUAGUAAAAUCAUUCAUUUUGACAGCUAGAAAACCAUCAAUCCAGACAAAUAAGACAACAAAA